AUGACUAGCUACCCAAACCAAAAGCGGUCUCCGUAUGUACUAGGCGAACAUUGCGGAACUGGCCAGUCACCUGUGAAUCGCGUCUGGAAGGUGGCGUCGCCCAAGGAUGAGUCUAAUCCACCCUUCGCCCAAAAGACCAUUACACUAGAGAACGAUCUUGUACCAACAGAGGAAGUGAGAAGCGCAUUCUUGCAAGAAGUGAAAGUGCUUCGCCAUGCUGAGCAUCAGCAUAUCGUUGAGUUCGUCGAGGCAUUUGCACUGGGUGAUCCACCCAACAAGUUGGCGCUUGUGAUGAGAUUUGCAUCAAAUGGAAGCAUGGCGGAUUAUUUGGGAAACAAACUGAAAUAUCCUGAAGCACAUUGGUUCAGUUGCUUGCUCUCUGCCGUUGAUUAUAUCCAUGGAAUGGGAAUUCGCCACCGUGAUAUCAAGCCCGCCAACAUCUUGGUAGACGGAAACAAGGCGGUGCGAUUGGCCGACUUUGGCAUAUCAAGAAUGGGUAUUGGGAUAACACUAUCAACAUCUGUGCCCGAGUGGGCUCGAGGUCGAACAAAGACCUUUUGUGCUCCUGAAGUUGAGAAUGGAAGCAGUCGUGGCAGGUCUGCGGAUAUCUUUUCACUGGGCGCGGUUUUCCUCAAAAUGGUCACAGCAUACUCUAGACAUCUUAUUUCGGAGCUAGCGACCGCAUUGAAAUAUAGUGAGGGACCAUCGUUCACUAUACGGAUUGCAGAGGUUCACAAAUUCAUGGCCAAGUUAUCAUCUGAACCACCUUCUAAUUGGAAGCCUUGGCAGAUGAAAAUUGUCUCCAUGUGUAUGAGGAUGUUGCAAGAGGACCGCGAUGAUCGCCCAACGAGUGGAGAGUUAUUUGGAGAAAUCACCUCUCUGCAGGAUGAAGGAUUGCUU